GACAAACAGCACUACACCCAGGAUCCAGCCCCCUCCCUGCACGGCUGCCUUCCUCCUCCACAUCCCCUGUCACGAAGAGAAGCCUAUUGUGUGGGGCCCAGGGAGUUCUAGUUGAAGGGCCUGGGGGUCUGUGCCUCUGACUGCUCUGAGCUACUUCCCCAUUGGCUCCCAGCAGCCUGUGCUCAGCAAGGGCUGAGCGACAGGGGGAGGCUCCAGUCCAUAAAAGGGGGGGGGGCGAGGCACCAGAACUGCCAUUCUGAGGGGCUUUGGUGGUGCUCACAGCCGCCUCUUUGGCACCUCCUCCUGAGCCAGAGUCAGGGAGACCCCCCCGAGUCCUGACCCAGGCACCUGCCACCACCCUCCGACCUGCUCGGCCAGAAGCUGCCCAGGGACAAAGAAGAGCACAGGUCAUUAAUCUCCAGGCUUUGAGAUCUGCGUGGGGGAGCUGUUGCAGCAGCCCUGGGCAGGAAGAGAGGAGACAGCAUGGCGUGGCAGGGGCUGGUGCUGGCCGCCUGCCUCCUCGUGCUCCCCUCGGUCAUGGCGGACUGCUUAUCCCAGUGCUCCCUUUGUGCUGUGAAGACCCAGGAUGGGCCCAAGCCCGUCGACCCUCUGAUUUGUUCCCUGGAAUGCCAGUCUGCUCUGCUGUCGGCUGAGGAGUGGGAGAGAUGCCAAGGCCUUCUGUCUCUUUUCACCCCCUUCACCUUCGGGCUCAAUGGCAAAGAAGACUUGGUGACCAAGGCCGCUUGGGAGGAACCCUAUAGUGAGCUGGCUAAGCGCUCUGGAUCCUUCCCGAAGGAGACUGAGAAAAACAGAUUUCUCCUCAGCACCCCGACAGAGGAGGACACCCUGAGCAGGAGCCUGGUGGAGAGGCUCAGGGGUCUCUCUGGCAGGUUCGGGGAGGGAGGGGAGUCUGAGCUGCUGGGGGACACCCAGCUGAAUGAUGAUGCCGUGGAGGCUGGGGCAUUGGAUUCCAAUGAGGAGGGGCCCAAGGAACAGGUAAAACGCUAUGGGGGCUUCCUGCGCAAAUACCCCAAGAGAAGCUCAGAGGUUGCUGGGGAAGGAGAUGGGGAGGGCGAUGGGGAGAAAAUGGGCCAUGAGGACCUGUACAAACGCUAUGGGGGCUUCCUGAGGCGCAUCCGUCCCAAGCUCAAAUGGGACAACCAGAAGCGCUAUGGCGGUUUCCUCCGGCGCCAGUUCAAGGUAGUAACUCGGUCUCAGGAAGACCCCAAUGCCUACUCCGGAGAGCUUCUUGAUGGGUAAUCCUCCCCCCAUUGUAGAGUCAAGUCAGGAGCUUCCCCCGACACCCUUCCAGAUUGGCGUGCCCUCAUUCAUCCUGCCUUAGAGCCCCCCGAUCCCAAUGCUCAGUUCAGUCUGGUGUGCAAAACACCCAAGCCAGCCUGUCUCUUUUCUGUCUGGGGCACAGUGUUUGUCUGGGGUUAGCGAGGAGGAAGGAUGGAGGUUCCCCUCUCCAGUAGGCUCAGUGCUUGGCUUCAGCUCUAGAACAUUGAAACUACCACCAACAGCAGUUUUUCCUACUAACCCCCCCCUUAUUAAUGUGACUCCCCAGUUCUAGGAAUCCAGGCUGACAUGUUCUUCAUCCCUCUAAAUAAAUAGCAAAACAAGAUAAAGAAACAAAUAGAAAUCCUAACACUUCAUCCCAAAUCUUAAAGGACUUCCUUGUGCUCUCCACUUCGGAGACCAUGCUUUAAGGUAAAAGGCUCAAACACUGCAUUUUCUUGGAAGUCCUACAUCAGAGAGUUUGGUCCUCUGGUGGGCACAUGUUCAGUUGUGUCCCCUGUGUUCUCAUUUAGAAACAUACCUCUUGAGGAACCGAGUUCCCGGACUCUAGUUCAUGUUGGUACCUUGGAUAGCACCCUGCUCCUCCCAGGAGAGGAAGGGCAUGGAAACCCCUUCCAAAAUGGUAAUGAAAGCAGUUCUCCCGCUGAAUAUUGAAAUGAUCAGGAAGGGAGCAAGACAAACCAAUUUGCUCUGUGCAGCAAACUCAAAAUGUGGACCAGUUCCCUCAGCCCUCAUUAAACUAAUUAAACAGAUCGGCAGCACACUCCCACCCCAGGAUGAACUAAAGCUGAGUCAAGUUGAUGAGGUUAAGCACAACCAUGUUCUUGAGCAGCUGAAUUGGCCGCCAAGAGUCUCAGCCAUCUGGCCAAACAUAUGCAUUGGGCAUUGGGUAAGGGAAUCCAGAAGCAACAGCUAGAAAGACAAAAAGGCGUUCUUCAACCCCUGUGAUGAUGCUUUCCUCUUGAUUCUCAGAAUAAAACCAGAAAGAGGCAUGAAGUGAUUAAGUGCUUGAGGCCAAAUGAAUUCCCUUGAUUCAAAUAACCCAGAAUCAGAGGCAGAGACCUCCCAAUUCUGCGGUUUCUAUCAAAGUCUUCUCUCUCUCUCUGUUGCUCUUGCUUGCGCAUCCCUAGGCACUACAGCUUGGUUCAUGCAUCCAGGAGGCUGGGCAUGAUAGGAGAGGAAAGGGUCUUGAAUUCAGUUAAUUUGUCUAAGAUGCUACUGAACGUACCUCUUCGCGCACAACCCCCAGGUCCCUCAUGAUGUUCUGAAAUGUAUGGAUUGUUGUAAGGUUACUUCGUGUGCUUUUAAAAAAUCCCAGUUAUGCAGUUUACCCAGAAUUUGCUUAUUCCUUAGCAGGCCUGUGUUAUUUCAUACUCCUCCAGUGCAAUAAAUAAAAGAAAGAUGGUGAUGA